CGGGGCUGGGGGAGGAGAGACCGAGAGAUGGGCCCGGGCCCCUUCCUGCGCCCAGCCCAGCGUGUGCACCGGCGGGUUUUCUGUUGUGAGCUCCUGGGGAUGUGACCACAAUCGGGCCUGGAGGAAAGGACAACACCGGAGAGGAAUCAGUGAGCAGGGAGUUAGACCAGCUGGGAACCCUGCAGGGGAGCACAAGAGUCCCAGCAAAGUCGCCCAGAGGCCCUCUAGCAGAGUUCAUAUCCCUCGACAAUGGAGCUCAGUAGUGGAAUCCACAUUGCACAAGUGGGGAAACUGAGGCACAGAGCGGGAUGGUCGCCCAGGAGGCCAGAGACGGGAAUAGAAGCCAAGUGCCCUGAGUUCUGGUGCUCUAUCCGCUAGGCCACGCUGCCUCUCACCAGAAACGGGGAGGCUUAGGGAGCAUGCCCCUCCCCGCAUGGAGCAACUCACCACUGGAUUCUCUGUCCUCACAGGGAGCAGGGAAGAAGGGGGAUCCCCGGAGCUGCCUGGGAGGAGCCAAAGGGAACAGUCCUGGUAGCGAAGCCGGGCUGCAGGCAGGCUCGUUCGAGGAUUGGCUGCGCACAUAACCCCAGGCUGCUGGAGCCCCCCACCGGCCACGCCCAUGGGUGAGAAGUCCAAUACGUGCCCGUACUGCGGGAAGGGCUUCCGGCGCAGCUCCCACCUGACCCGGCACCUGGGCACCCACUCAGGCGGAGAGCAGCGCCCCUAUGCCUGCAGCCACCGCAGCAAGGGCCCGGCCCUGACUCUGCCGCCGGCGGGCGAGCGCCCCUACGCCUGCACCCACUGCGGGAAAGCCUUUGGGCGCAGCGCCCACCUGGCCCGGCACCAGGAGACCCACUCCGGUGAACGCCCCUACAAGUGCACCUACUGCGGGAAAGCCUUCGGGCGCAAUGCCCACCUGACCCGGCACCAUGGCACCCACACCGGUGAGCGCCCCUACCAGUGCGGUAUCUGUGGCAGGGCCUUCACCCGUGACGCCCACCUGACCCGGCACCAGCUCGUCCACACCGGCGAGAAGCCCUUCCAGUGCGGCGUCUGCGGCAAAGCCUUCACCCGCAGCGCCCACCUCGCCCGGCACCAGGGCACCCACACGGGCGAGAAGCCCUUCGAGUGUGGGGUCUGUGGCAAAGGCUUCACCCGCGAUGCCCACCUGGCCCGGCACCGGGCCACUCACAGCGGCGAGCGCCCCUACAAGUGCGCCAACUGCGGGAAGGGCUUCGGAGCCACCUCCCACCUCCUCCGCCACCAGAGGACCCACCAGGAGUAGCUGCCCUGGCGUGGAGCGUGGGAACCAAGGGGCAGUGGUUCCCACGCCCCUGGCGCCCUCCUCCAUCAUGGGAGGAGAGGGCAUGGGAAUCAGGGGGCACCAGUUCCCAUGCUGCCACCCUCUGGGGCUUCCCUCCCACAUGGGGAACUGAGGGGGUGCCAGCUGUCAUGCCCACUCCUUUCCCAUGGGAGGGUGUGGGACUCAGGGGGGUGCCACUUCCCGUGCUGCCACCCACUGGGGUGCUCGUCCCCCGGAGGGAGAGUUGGUGCCCCUACUUACACACACUGACAUGCUCCUACUCCCCUGGGCUGGGCGUGGGAAUCGAGGGGGGGCAGCUGCAACGACCGUACAGGAGGAUCUGGCCCAGAGUUGGGCUCCGGGCAUCCUUGGGGCGUGGAUGUUAACGCGGGCUGCCUGGGGAGCACACGGAAUCACCGGCCCCAUGGCCGGUCUGCCCUGCGAAGGGACGACGAUCCAGCCGUAUCUAAAACCUCGUCCAGACAGGGAGAUUGACUGAAACAGCAGCCCCAGGUGGACGCGCUUUUCCGAGGGAAAAAGAACUCUAUCCCGGGACAAUCACUCUGCCCCCAAAGCGACGCCCUUGCCCAGCCCCGGCGACAGGCCCAGAUGCCUUCUGCUUUGCCAGGCUGGUCACAGGUGCUAGCCCCCUCAGCCCUUGCCAGGCUUGGCCUCAUCCCUUCACAGCAGGGCCCCAGGGCGCUGGCCCUCAAAGGGGUAGCCAGCCUGGUCCAGGGAGUCCAGAAUAGCUCUGUUAGAUGGCACUAGCCAGUGUGGAGUAGUUAGUCUGGAACAGCCAGGCCAGGCCACUUCCUUCAGUGUAGACAUGGUGUGAGAGCGCACAGGCAGCAUGCCAAGACAAGAGCAGCAGGGGGGUCUGUCCGUGUGUGUGUGUGUGAGAGAGAGAGAAACCCUGUGUGUGUGUGUGUGUGUGUGUGUGUGUGUGUGAGAGAGAGAGAGAAACCCUGUGCGUGUGAGAAACCUCCUUGUGUGUUCCUGUGUGUGUGAGAAGCCUCCUCGUGUGUAUGUGUGAGAAACCUCUCACGUGUCAGAAACCUCGUGUGUCUGUGUGUGAGAAACCUCUGCUCGUGUGUGUGUGAGAAACCUCUGCUCGUGUCUGUGUGUGUGUGUGAAUGUGAGAAAAACCUCUGUGUGUCUGUGUGUGUGUGAGAGAGAGAGAGAGAGAAAGAAACCUCCUGUGUCCAUGUGUGUGUGAGAAACCUCUUCUCAUAUGUGUUUGUGAGAAACCUCCUUGCAUAUCCGUGUGGGUGUGAAACCUUAUAUGUGUGUGAGAAACCUCCUUGUAUGUCCGUGUGUAUGUGAAACCUCGUGUGGAUGUCCAUCCAUCCAUGUGUGUGAAAUGUCAUGUGUGAAACUUCCUCCCACAUGUCCAUGUGAGUGUGUGUGUGAUAACCCUCCUUAUGUGUGUCUAUCCGUGUGUAUGUGUGUAACUCUUUGCCAGAGGAUGUUGUAAAGGCCAAGACUAUAACAGGGUUAAAAACUAGAUAAAUUCAUGGAGGAUAGGUCCAUCAAUAGCUAUUAGCCAGGAUGGGCAGGGAUGGUGUCCCUAGCCUCUCUCUGCCAGAAGCCAGGGAUGAGCAACAGGGGAUGGAUCACUUGAUGAUUGACUGUUCUGUUCAUUCCCUCUGGCGCACCCAGCACUGGCCACUCUCGGAAGACAGGAUACUGGGCUAGAUGGACCUUUGGUCUGACCCAGUCUGGCCGUUCUUAUGUUCUUAUGUGUGUGUAACACCUCCUUGUGUGUGUGUGAGAAACUUCCUACCGUGUGUGCAGGUGUGGAAGUGCGAGCCUCCAUGUGUGUGCAUGUGUAUGUGAAGCCGCCUCGUGUGUGUGUGUGAAACUUCUUCCUAUGUGCAUGUGUCUGUAUGAAACCUUGUGCAUGCGUGAAACCUCCUCCUGUGAGUGUGUGUAUCUGAAACUUCCUCAUGUGUGUGAAACCUGUAACUGUAUGAGUUUGUGUGUGUGUGUGAGAAAUAGGGUUGCCAAUUUUGGCUGGACAUAUCCCUGGAGGUUUCAUCACAUGACAUAAUAUUUAAUUAAAGAUUGAUCUUUAAUUUCUGGAGAUUCCAGGACAAUCUCGGAGGGUUGGCAACCCUAGUGUGAAACGUGUGUGAGAAAGAGAGAGAAACCUCCUCCGAUGUUUCUGUCUGUCUGUGAAACCUGUGUGUGUGACAGAGAAUAAAGCCUCAUUGUAUGUGUCCACGAGAGAGACCUUCCAUGUGUGUGUAUGAGAGAGAAGCCUCCUUCUGCACGUGCAUGUGAGAGAACCCUCCUACAUGCGUGUGAGAAAACCCUCGUGCACGUGUAUGUGUGAGAGAACCCUCGUGCAUGCACAUGUGUGAGAACCCUCCUUGUGUGCACGCAUGUAUGAGAACCCUCCUCAUGUGCGUGUGUGUGUGUGUGUGUGUGUGUAUGUGAGAGAGACAGAUAGAAACCCAGACACAUGCGCACGUGAGGGAGGAGGUUUUGUUCCCACACCUUGGGGGAGCGGUGCGCUUGCUGUGGGACCCAGCAAGUCGCUGUGGGGUUGUCAGAGGAGCACCGAGGCUGCUGGAGGAUAUUUCUGGCCUCUGCCCCAUCUCGCAUGGAGGCUGUCUGCACACUGCACUGUAAUCCUGGGUCUGGGGAAGCCAGGCCUGUGCACUCGCUGUGUCCGAGCCUGCGCUGGAGCAUCCGCAUUGCUUUGUAAACCUGAGUUUGCAAAUGCUGGCCCCAGUCUCCCAGCCAGGCUAGUGCGUCCACACUGCACCACGUGGCCCUUCUGCCUCUGGGCUGUGGCUUGAGCUGUGUCCACACUGCACGACACCAGGGCUUGGACCCACCCACCGUAGCCAGGCCCUGGGCCCGGUGCACUUGCUGAGCCAAGUCAGACCGACAUGUGUGGACGGCAGGGGGGGCCUGGUGCUCAAACCUGAGUCAGAGCCAGGCUUAGUGCACAGUGUAGACACACCCUGAGGGAGCUGGCCAUUUUCCCUCAGUCAAAAUGGCCACUCUCUCCCAUUUAUUUGAGGGGGGGUUGAAGCCAGCCUGUGCUGUAGAGUUAGCCCCCACCCUGAAAGGAUCCAUUCAGGGAGCCUGGGGCAGGAAACUAGGGCAGGGGGAUGGGGGGGGCAGAAAGGUCGAAGGGUCACAGGGAUGUGGGGUAUAGAGGGCAGGAGGGGGUUGCAGGGAAAUGUGGAGAGCUGAGAGGUCACAGGGGCAGGUGGGGGCAGC